GGACAUUUCCUGCGUACUACAGAGUAUACACUCGAUACUGGCUAUUUAGAGAGUCUGAGUUGAUUGAUAUAAACCUAACAACUAACAAUCAUAUCUUACAUUCCUUUGUCCCUAGUAUUCGUUCCAGCCCACCAGUCAUGGCUGAGUCUUCUGGCGUCGAUACUUCGCCUAUUUCGCCUGUCGAGCGACGCAACUCGCUCGAGAAGUAUCUCCAACACCGUCCUGGCCAGCAGGAUUUGAAAGAAAGACACAUACUUCUCGACACAAAUGUUGCUCCGUCCCUGCAAGCAGCACAACAGGAGCUAGCCCGCCAGAAGGCAGCAGACAGCCUCAAGAAGCAUCUGGAGAAAAGGCCUGACCGUGAAGACCUUGUGGAGAGAAACAUCCUUCCGUCCUCCACGGCUGCUCCGGCUCUCCAGGCCCAUGCGCGUGAGCUAGAAAAACACAUGCUGGCUGAUAACCUGGAACAUAAGAUUCAGAGCCGUCCCAAACCUGAAGAGCUCAUUCAUCGUGGCAUUCUGGAUGAGGAUGAAGACCCCACACGCCCAGCUCAGUAGGGUAUCAUGGCCAGGUUUGGUAUACUACAACAAAUCUAAACCAGUCAAUCGAUGAUGGGCUAGCGGGAUGAAUGGAGUUCGUUUUGUUUCAUAAUUCUGUACGUGUCUACUGGCUUCGCUACCAGCGUGGGACCUUAACGUCCCACAUCCAAUCUGGGAUGCAUUGGUUUUCAGAAUUCGACAUUCGGAUGAUUUGCUCAUUCUCUACUCGACCAUGUUCUAAAGUUGGGGCCUUUUGAUUUCAUUUCACUUGCGUUAUUACGGGUUAUGCCUUCGGGAUGACCAAAGGCAACGGGAUUGAAAUGCGAUGGUUUAGUACUAG